AUGCCUCCGUCAACUUCAUCCACUACCCUCGGCAAGGGCACAAUCAGACUGACUGGUGCUGAAGAAACGCUCCUUCUCACACUUUUCGGCCGCGCUCAAGACGCUGAGUCGUCCCGUCCAAUUUUGAGCGACCAGUAUGCUGUCGAGCUCGUCUCUCAGAUAGAGAACCAGGGAUAUGACUUCCAUCGGGCCUUUGCAGACAAUUGGUUCAAACAUAUACUGGCGCAAUCAGUGUCUAUGCGCGCCCGAAUGUUAGAUAUAGCCACCGAAAAGUUCCUGAGGAGACAUCCAGGCCCCGCCACGGUGCUGCAUUUGGCUUGUGGCCUCGACUCACGAAGCCUUCGCGUCCGCUGGCAAGGAGAAGGUCGGUCAUGGAUCGAUGCGGAUAGGAAGGAAGCAGUUGAGCUGCGACGGAAACUCAUGAAGGAGCCAGAGCCGGGCAAGGGAGAAUACCGAUUGGUGCAACCGAAUAUACACGAUGACACGUGGCUCAGCGACUGCAAAAUUCCCACAGAUCGGCCGGUUCUGAUCCUCUUCGAAGGCCUCACGCCUUAUCUCACCGAAGACGAAAUUUACGGCCUGUUACGGCGGAUCGUGAACUAUUUCCGCCAAGGCGGUGUUCACGGUGAGAUUCGUUUUGAUGCCGUCGGGUCAUUGGUGUACUAUGCCAUCAACUAUUGGUUCAAUGCAACUUUCAAGCUCAUGGGAACGAGAUUUUCCUACUACAUUGAUGAUCCCAAGAUCCUUGAGCAAAAGAUUCCUGGUUUGAAAUUCAAGGAGCGCAUGUUUGGAACACUAGAUCUUUACACAGUGGGGUUGUUCGGGUGGGUGUUAGGAUUCCUUGGCUGGUUUACGGAUUUAUUCGGCAUCACUAGCCGUAUUGGAGGAGCUUACGGGUACGAAUUUUAG